AUGUAUCUGCCCCUGAGUAAUGUGGACCUGUCUGCCUGUCUGGGUUCUGGUAUACCACGGAGCAGCACCAUGUCUGGGUUUCAGUCUCUGGUCAUCUUGGCAGUCUUACAGAGUCUAAAUGGUUUCAACAUUGAACCUGCAGCUUGGAGGUCUUUCAGGAACUCAGCUGAAGGCUUUGGACACAAGGUGAUUCAGAAAACAAAAGGCUUGCUGGUCAGUGCUCCUCUGCAGCAGUAUUCACAGUCAGGACGAGGACAAAUAUAUGAGUGUUUCCCUUCUACAUCCAACUGCAGUCAACUCCAGCUCCCAUUGCCGCCCUAUGCAGUCAAUACCUCCCUUGGUUUGUCCAUGGCAUUUAACCCCAGUGAUCAAAAGUCUCUGGUCUGUGGGCCGACCAUCCCAAAGGACUGCAGCAGCAUCACCAUGUACAACGGCCUGUGCCUGGAACUAGAUCAAAACAACACAGUGACCAGAACCACACCAAGCACCACCGCAGAUUGCCCGAGCCAACCGGCCGACAUCGCCUUUCUGCUGGAUGGUUCUGGAAGUGUACACCCAAAAGAUUUCACUAAAAUGAAGGACUUUGUCGUUAAAGUGAUUCAGGCGUUUAUCGGGAAAGAUUCAAGGUUCGCCAUCGUACAGUUUUCACAUGUUAAUAGUAUCAGUUAUUAUUUCAACACAUUUCGAGUCUCUGGAUCCUGGAGAGAUGAAAUCUUCCAACCAAACAGGGGCAAUCGCCCAAAGUCCAAUAAUGUGUUGAUAGUAAUCACUGAUGGCGAGUCUACGGAUGGACAGAACUUACCCGCCGCAAGAGAUGCCGCCAACAGGAAAAACAUUAUCAGAUUUGCAAUUGGGGUUGGAAAUGCUUUCAACAAUCCUUCAGCGAAAACUGAGCUGCAGACCAUCGCGUCGUCCAAAGACCAUGUGUUUCAGGUGGAAGGGUUCGAUGCUCUGGAUAAAAUCAGCCAGACUCUGCAAGAAAAGAUCUUCUCCAUUGAAGGGACUCAAUCCGGUGGGGAGACUUUGAAAAUGGAAAUGUCUCAACUGGGCUUUGGCGCUGCCUUCUCUAGUGAGGGCUUUCAAAUGACAGCAGUCGGCGCCAAUGAAUGGAGAGGAGGGUUAAAGAAGUUCAGCCGCUCUGGUUCCCCCGUGAGCUUCUAUGAGCCCUUAGACAUCGACAAGGACAGUUACCUGGGUUAUUCCAUCGCUGUGGCAAACACUGUAGCUGGGACAUUUACCGCGGUUGGAGCCCCACGAUACCGUCACAGAGGCAUUGUAAUGUACGUUUAUAGCACCUACACUCGCCAAUGGAUCGAUCCGCUGGACUGGGAGUUUCAGAGCGGGGAGUAUUUUGGGGCCGAGGUUUGUACAAUGGACGUCAACGGUGACCGCUUCACUGACGUCCUUCUGAUAUCGGCCCCGAUGUUUGUGGAGAAAGACAGAGAGGGAAGAGUCUACGUCUGUGAUGUCACCGACUGGAAUGUCGAGUGUCACUUUGAUGCUCCGGUGGUCCUGAGGGGGGCGCCAGAUAAAGGAAGAUUUGGGUCAUCCCUUGCUGUGCUGCCUGACCUGAACGCUGAUAAUUUGGCCGAUUUAGCCGUGGGGGCACCUUUGGAGAAUGAUGGCAGAGGCAGUAUUUAUAUUUACCACGGCUCCGGGUUUGGACGGAUUAAUACAACCUUCUCACAGAGGAUUGCUGCCUCAGAAGUAGAGUCUGGUCUGAAGUACUUUGGCACGUCCAUUAGUCCCACAUCACUGGACCAGAGCGGAGAUGGUCUUCCAGAUUUACUGGUGGGCUCCAAAGGGACUGUUGUUCUUCUCAGAUCCAAACCAAUUGUAAAAGUAGACGCCACAAUAUCGUUCACUCCAGCACUGAUUCCAACCCAGAAUCCCGACUGCUCCAAACCCAUCGCCGCCACUGCUGACAUCUGCUUCUUUAUGUCCAAAGUCACCGCACUGAUGCAAGCUCAGGCAAGAAUCAACUAUACUUUCUCUUUGGAUGCUACACGCGCAGUUCCUAAUAACCGGGCUUUCAUCAGCGACAACAAAGAACAAGACCAAACUGGAAGCAUCACCAUUUCUUUGAACCGACGUGAAUGUGUUCUUAUCCCCUUCUCCAUACAGUCCUGCCCCGAGGAUGCUCUCAAUCCACUUUACAACGAGAUGCGCUACACGUUUGAAAGUUUACCCAUGGGUCAAACCCUGACUCCCAGUCUCUCUCAGCAGUCGCCCACAACACACAGCAAGGAUUUGGGGUUUGAGAUCAACUGUGGGGUUGACGAGACAUGCACCGACAGUCUCAUUGUGGACUUUAACUUCACCAGCUCCUCCCUGGUCCGAGUGGGGAUCGACAAGUUACUCGACGUCACCGUGUCCUUAGAAAACACAGAAGAAAAUUCCUAUGACUCCAGAGUAAUACUGACUUACCCUUCUGGGCUUUCUUAUCGCAAGUUCACAGGACUACAAGGGAGAAUCGACUGUAGCUCCAAGGACAGUGAAAACGGCCUGACCCGCGGCAGGACAGAUUGCUUCAUCGAUAAGCCUAUUUUUAAAAGCAAUGCAAAGGCUUUUUUUGUUGUUUCAUAUGGCUUUACCGCCAAUAGUCAACUUGACAGGAGUAUUUAUGUGACAGCAAACGCAACCAGUGCGAACGUAAAGUCAUCCCCAUCGUCCAAGCUUUACAGACGCAAGGAGAUCGGUGUCAAGUACAGCAUUUCAAUGACUAUCGGAAGUUCUCCCAGUUACACCAACUUCACCUUUGGCCAGAAUGAUCUGCAGAAGCCCGUCAAUCAGUCCAUAAAGGUUACAAACGAGAUCCGAGCCCUGAACUUCUCGGUGGUGAUCCGGGUGCCAGUCGCGCUCGGUCAAAAGAACAUUUGGGCCAAUUCUUCUUUUCAAAUUGCAGAUUGUCAAAAAGAACAAGACGAAGAACCAACUAUUCCAGAUUUUUUGUCCCAAGUACAAGAGAAUAAAAUUGUGAACUGCAGUGUGGCCAGAUGCAGUGUUUUCCGCUGCACUCGCUUCAUGGGGCGAAUGGAGAGUAAGGAUUACGUCAUCUCGGCGAACCUCAGCUCGGCGUGGAUCCAGCAGAUUGGACUGAAGUCGGUGAAGUUUCUCCUGAUCAGCACGGCCGCUCUGGAGUACGACACCGACAGAUUUGUUUUCUAUUCAGCAGAGAUUAAAGACACCAAGAUUGAAGCCGAGGUGGAGGUCUACACUGAGGUGGACUUCACCAAAGAGAUCGUGGGAGGUUCUGUGGGAGCAGUGCUCCUGGUGUUGUUACUCACUGCUGCAUUGUACAAAGCUGGAUUCUUCAAGAGCAAAUACCAAAAGAUGAUGGCGGAGGAGGCCAUGACACAGGAAAAUACUGGUGCUUCAGAAGAGCCACAAGCAUGA